UGUGGCACCACACUCCACAGUCUUCAGUCUGACUGCAGCCCACACAAUUCCCUGUGGGUCUCUGGUGGCCAAAAAUCAGGACCUUAGUAUAUGGUGGUUGGGACUCCGCUUGGGCACCUUAUUAAAAUGUACAAAAAUAGGUAAACGGAGCUGUCAGACACGGCCAGGAUGUGGAAGGUACAGCCAAGUUGCCUCCACGGCACAGCCUGAAGAGCCUCCGUUCCUCCACGAAGAAAAGGAGGGACGGCUGAAAGUUUGUCCAGCCGCAUUGAAACCGGACCCGGGUCAGGUUCAACCAGUUCGGGGACAGGCUCCCUCCUGUGCAAGAAGCCCCGGGGAAGGCUCCGCUUGUAAGGCGACGAGCGCCUCGGUCUUCUCGCUCAGAGCGGCUGGAAGAGACAUUGGCAAAUGUUUCUUUAAAUGCCCGGGAGCGCUCCGUGUCACGAGAAGCAGCUCCGCGUUCGCGGGGGAGAUUUUCCGGCGGAGCCGAUCCCGCGCCCGCCUUCCGUCCUGCCCCGGGAGAAGCGCCGCCCGCUCCGGCCUCGCCGCCAUCCGAGCCCGAGUCGCCGGCCGCCGGAGUAGCUCUGCCCAGCCGGUAGGCCCGCGCCGAAGCGGCCGAGCGCGGCGGGCCCCGGCGAUGGAGGGCCAGAUGGCGGGGCUGUACGACCUGGGCCGCCGGCUGGGCAGGGGCCACUUUGCCGAGGUGCGGCUGGCCCGGCACGUCUUCACGGGCGAGCGCGUGGCCGUCAAGGUGAUCGAGAAGGGCCGGCUGGGCGGCGCGGCGGCGGCGCGGCUGCGGCGGGAGGUGGGUUGCAUGAAGCUGGUGCAGCACCCCAACGUGGUGCGCCUCUACCAGGUGCUGGAGACGCCGGCCCGGCUCUACCUGGUGCUGGAGCUGGGCGACGGCGGGGACCUCUUCGACCUGCUGACGCGGCGGCCGGGCGGGCUGGACGAGGCGCGGGCCAAGGGCUACUUCGCCCAGGUGGUGCACGCCAUCUCCUACUGCCACCGGCUGCACGUCGUGCACCGCGACCUCAAGCCCGAGAACGUGCUCUUCUUCCAGCAGCAAGGGGUGGUCAAGCUCACCGACUUCGGCUUCAGCAGCUGCUUCCAGCCGGGCACCAUGCUGGCCACCAGCUGCGGCUCCCUCGCCUACUCGGCGCCCGAGAUCCUGCUGGGCGAGGAGUACGACGCCCCCGCCGUGGAUAUCUGGAGCUUGGGUGUCAUCCUUUACAUGCUGGUCUGUGGACAUCCCCCUUUCCAGGAGGCCAACGACAGCGAGACCCUGACCAUGAUCCUGGACUGUCGCUAUGUGAUACCAUCGGGCAUCUCUCUCCUGUGUGCAGACCUUAUUGUCCAGAUGCUGCAGCGGGACCCCAAGCAAAGGGCUUCCUUGGAGCUAAUUGAAAACCACCCGUGGCUCCAGGGGGUGGACCCCUCGCCAGCCAGCCAUUCUCUACUGCCGCUGACAUCACACCGGAGGGUUUUGGAGGAGGAGCACGAGAUCAUCAUCCAGACCAUGAUGUGUGGCCACAUUGCAGACCGAGAAACCAUCCAGGAAGCCCUGGAGGCCAAGCGCUACAAUCACGUCACUGCCACCUACUUCCUGCUGGCCGAACGGAUUCUGCGUGAGAAGCAGGAGAAACAGACCCUGGCUGAGCAGCUCCAGAACAGGAGCCCACCAGGUGAGUCCAGUCCCGCUCUGCCCACAGAGCUGCCCCCAGCCACCAAGGGCACUCUGGAGACUGUCACAGUGGAGUACGCCGGGAAGCCUCUCCUUUCCCGCUCAGCCUCGGGUGAGGGCAGGUCCUCUUCCAGCUUCCGUGGAUGUGGGCAGCCUCUGGGGGCCCUCAUCCAGCCCUCCCUCAUGGAGACGGGCAUCGCCAAGAGCACCCUCGCCUUGCAGCAGAUUUCAGAGGAGGAGGAGGAAGAAGAGGAGGAGGCAGAAGGGAAGCCGGGCCUCUCCCGAAGGCGGACCUCCUCCUUGAACCAAGAGCAGAUGAGCCGCUUCCAGAGCACCGCGUCGUCCCUGCUCUUCUGCCGAGCCCUUGCGGCCCACUACAAAGUAGGGAAGAGCCUCCUCCCUGCACACGCCAAGUCCUCCUGCCUGGAACAAGGGCCUGGGACGGCUCCAGCAGCUCCGCCGGAGCAAGCAUCCCCGAGCAGCCAGUCAGGGACAGGCCGAGCCCCACAGACGGAGGAGCCAGGCAGCAGCCUCAGCUUGCAAGGUGGGGGGAGGCCUGCUGAACCCCCAGGGGAAGCCACCCCGCUAGGCAGCCAGGGAGGGGGCCCUGUCAGACCAGAGGGGGAGCCUGGCCGAAUUGAGCCCCUCCUGGCAGAGGAAGAGGACCAGAGUGACCUCCUUCCAUUGAGAGGAGGAGAUCCUGUCCAGGAGGAACUCUUGGAGCCCCAGAGCAGCACAGCUCUUCUGCAGGGCGGCUGUGCCCCAGGAACCACUGGAACCGACCUGGUGCCAGGAGCAGAGGGCAAGGGCCCGGAGCUGGGGCCGUCCCACGGGGCCAAAGCCUGCUGCGAUGCCCAGAGCCAUGGCAGCGGCCAUGACAGCCUCGCUGACAGCAUCAUCAAGCUGGACCCGGCCAAAGGCAAGAACGCUAACCUGAAGGAUCGGCUCCUGCAGUUCCCGCUCUGCGAAAAGGCCCUGGCCUUUCGGAUGCAGCCCAGCUCCAGAGAGAGCCUGCUGUCCUUGGGGCAGUUCAACUGUUGCCAUGUCAUCUAGGCCUGCAAGAGAGAAGAGCAAGGAGAGCCGAGAUGGAUCUCCAGGGGAGAGCAGGGCAGCAGCAGUGUCCAGUUGCCAAGAUCCGUGCUUGGCUGCCUACAUCCUCCCUCAGGAGGGGCUUCCUCUGUGAGAACCAAGCAGCUCCCAGAAUCCACAGCACCUUUGGCCGGGCUGUUUCCCCUUAUGUUCCACUGCACCCUCUUCCUGGUCUGUGAUGGAGGAAGUCUUCAGCUCGCUCUGGUGCAACUGGAAGCUUUGGAGAACUUGGAAAUUAGAAGGAAGUCAAGGCUGGGCUCUUCAGAGUCAGAAGUGAACUUGGGAUGUCCGCUGACCCUGGAGGUCUUGGAGAAGCCUUUCCAGGAGAUGCAGGAUCUCUCCAUGCCUCUCCAGACUUCCUAGUUUAACUGAAGGUAAUCGGCCUACUACACCUGGAGGGGGGGGGUAUUUAUACCAAGCAGGUGGCGGGCUUGAUUUUUCCUGGCAGAGCCACCUGCUUGGAAGCGGCCUUGGCCAUCUCCCCCUUGUGGCGCUUCCAGGCCAGGGAAGGUCAUGCACACGCCCAACGUCUCCAUCAGCAGCUGUUGAGGAGCUGGCAGCUGUGGUGGGCCUUGGUCCCUUUUCUUUCUGGUUGCCCUCUCUCCACCCUGGCAGAGCAGCGGGCUUCCUCCCUUUCUGGGCCCACUCUCUCAAUUUUGGGAGUGUGUGCUGCUGUGGUCUCCACUUUGAAGCCCAGCUCAGUCCUGGACCCAGGACCGGGCUGGGGAUAAAGCGUAAGCGUGGCAGAGUCAGAUUGGGGACCUUUGUGCAGUGCAGGUGUGAGCAGGGCAGGCAGAUGUUCAUUGCUAGGUCCCUACAUCUGGAUUUGCUGUUAGGCUUGGUUGGCUCCUGCCCUCCUUCCUGCCCCCAGUCUGUGGGGGACGAUAAUCCCUUCGGCCAGGCCUCCGUUGCUGUCGCUUCCUCCAUCCCGAACUCUGUCCAGGCUGCCAAGGAGCGUGUGGGUCUCCCAAAGCAUUGGGGCUCUUUUAACCCUAGGAGGUGGGCAGCUUUUUAUAGCAACUGAGAUAUUUUAGCAUAUUUUAAGGUUUCUCACCUAGCCGUGGUUGGCCCUAGGUGCCAACAGACCUUCUUCCCAGCAUGAACCAAGCUGUCGGGUCGCCCUCCUUUGCCUGCAGGGCUGGAAGAGGAGCUCGGAAGGCCCUGGCUGGGCAGAGAGGGCAGAAGAGGGCACUUAUUUCCCCCCACCCACCCCCGCUCAGUCUCCCGUGUUUCUCCCCUCUCCCGCCUGGCCCCCCAUCCUGCCACUUGUGCCCAAACUCCCACCCUCUCCCAGAGGCUUCUGGGGAAAAGCAGGUCUCCCUCUCUGUAUUUAUCCUCUUUUCUUGCUGGCAAGGAAUGGGUGGGGGUGGGGGCGAAGGGACUGAGCUCUUGGAGUUCUGUGUCACAUGCACUGAUGGGAUCAAAGGGAAAGCAAGGCCAACCCAAUAAAAUGUUCAAUCUGGAUCCCAAAGC